CUCAAUCCAAACUACCCCUAAGUAUCUUCUUCCCUAAUACCAAAGCUAUCUCACUCACUCACUCACUCACUUCCUCUUCAAGCUUAAAACUCUGACUAAUUCGUGUUUGUGUGUGUCCUACUUUCCUCUUCAUGUCUGUCUGUAAACUGUAAUCUUAUGUAAACUCUUUGUCUGAAAUUUGAAUAGCUCAAAGCUUUUUUCUUUUGUGUGUUAAAAAGAUAAAUUGAAGGAAUUGAAGGAGCUAGGUAGAGCAGUAGUUAGCUCAGUUGACAGUUCAUUAAAUAAAAGGUCUCUCUCUGUUUCUUUCACUUUCUCAAGCCCAAAGAAAAUCCAAGAAAAUAUGGACUGGAAUCGAUGUUUCUGCUUCUUCUCUGCAAUCCUCUUGUCCUACCUUUUGAUGGGUCUUCCUGUUUCUUCUUCUUCUCCUCCCACUUUCAUUUUAGAUAGUAUGUUUGAAUCUCAGUCAUUUACUGGCAGGAACCUUCUUCAAGCUAAAAAAGCUUGCCCUGUGAGCUUCGAGUUUCUGAACUACACAAUCAUCACAAGCAAAUGCAAAGGACCCAACUACCCACCUGAUCAGUGUUGUCCAGCAUUCAAGGAAUUUGCUUGCCCUUAUGCGGACGUGUUAAAUGAUUUGACAAAUGAUUGUGCCUCAACCAUGUUCAGCUACAUAAACCUCUAUGGAAAAUACCCACCUGGCCUUUUUGCCAGUGAGUGCAGGGAAGGCAAGGAGGGUCUUGCAUGCCCUGCACUAGCACCAUCAGUUUCAGCCAACGAAAGUGGGACUCACAACAUUUAUCCCUGCCCACUGCUUAUGCUCACAGCUGGCUUCUUUCUGUUAUUAUUUAAGUCUUUAUGAAGGCCAAAAGUCAACUAUCUUUUUCUUUUUCUCUAUGACCUCGUGAAGAAGAUUAAAUUUUUUUGAUACAUCAGGUUCUGGGCCUUGUUUUCCCUUCAAUCAUCACCAGCUGGAGCUGAAGCAUUAGCCAGUUGCUAUUUUAGCAACCCACUGGCUCAAAUUGAGCUUUACCCGGGUGUGGGUUGCUAAAAAGGUGGAAGAGAGAGAUGGGAAAGAAGAGAGAGAAUGAGUUGACAAGGUAGCUAUAUUACUUUAAUAAGUUGUAUGUAAAAAAAUAAAAACUAGGAUGUUGUGUGAGAUGUAAAACAGAUUGGUAAAAUAAAUAAAAUUGUGUUUGAGGAUGUAAAA